AUAACAUAACUCGCUAGUUUAUAGGUUCCCACUUUUUCUCAUUUGUUUAGUGCUUCUCUUAGCAUAUAAAAAUUCAUGCUUGUAACUAAACAAACUAACAACUCAAACUUCCUAAUUAAAUCAUAUAAACCAAGAUGCCAAAUGAAAGAUCAAAAAACGUGGAAAUUGCACCACUAAAUGGAGAGGUUUUCUUGACAUGGGAAGAUUUGUGGGUAACAGCUUCAAGCAUGAAAAAUGGAGACAAAGCAAUUCUUAAAGGUUUAACAGGCUAUGCAAGGCCUAGUGAACUCAUGGCUAUUAUGGGCCCUUCUGGCUGUGGCAAAUCAACACUUCUCGACACAAUAGCAGGGAGAUUGGGAUCGAGCACAAGGCAGAGUGGAGAAAUUCUAAUCAAUGGCCGGAAACAGACACUGGCAUAUGGAACCUCUGCCUAUGUGACUCAAGAAGAUACUCUAAUGGCAACCCUAACGGUAGAAGAAACCGUAUACUACUCUGCUGAACUACAACUCCCAAAUUCCAUGCCAAAAUCGGAGAAAAAACAGAUAGCGGACAUGACUAUGAAGGAAAUGGGACUGCAGGAUGCAAUGGAAACAAGAAUUGGAGGAUGGAGCGGGAAAGGAAUAAGCGGAGGACAGAAGAGGAGAGUCAGCAUAUGUCUGGAGAUUUUGACGCGUCCAAAACUUCUUUUUCUUGAUGAGCCAACUAGUGGACUUGAUAGCGCUGCGUCUUAUCAUGUCAUGAAAACAAUUGCAAGCCAAUGCCAGGGGAGAACCAUUAUUGCCUCAAUUCAUCAACCUAGUGCUGAAGUUUUCAGUCUAUUUCAUUCUUUGUGUCUUUUGUCUUCUGGAAGAACUGUGUACUUUGGCCCCGCUAGUACAGCAAUUGAGUUUUUUGCAUCGAGUGGUUAUCCUUGCCCGACACUCCAGAAUCCAUCUGAUCAUUUUCUCAAAACAAUUAACAGUGAUUUUGAUCAGGACAUUGAAGAAGGUCCAACUGGUAAGAAAUCAACUGAAGAGGUGAUUAAUAUCCUGAUAGAGUCAUACAUAUCUUCCGAUAAGUACAAAGACGUUCAAAGUCGAGUUGCUCAAAUCUGCAAACAGGAAAGUGAAGUACUGGAGAAAAGAAGCCAUGCCAGUUUCACGACUCAAUGUCUUGUUUUGACAAGAAGGUCAUUCGUGAACAUGUCCCGUGAUCUUGGCUACUACUGGCUGCGGUUAGCCGUUUAUAUUGUAAUAGCUGUAGGUCUUGGAACUAUCUACUAUGAUGUUGGCUUUUCUUUUGCUUCAAUACAGGCAAGAGGUUCCAUGCUUAUGUUUGUGGCUUCAUUCAUCACUUUUAUGGCCAUUGGUGGAUUCCCCUCUUUUGUGGAAGAACUUAAGGUAUUUCAACGAGAGAAACUAAAUGGUCACUAUGGCUCUGGUUCAUUUGCCAUUGCCAAUACACUUUCUGCUAUGCCAUACUUGCUCUUGGUAUCUUUCAUCCCUGGAGCUAUUGCAUAUUUCCUCACCGGACUACAGCGUGGUUAUGAGCAAUUCAUCUUCUUUGCACUAGUCCUCUUUACAUGUAUGAUGUUAGUUGAGAGCCUAAUGAUGAUUAUUGCAAGCAUUAUGCCAAAUUUCCUCAUGGGAUUAAUAACUGGAGCAGGAAUACAAGCAAUUAUGAUACUAAGCGGGGGAUUCUUUCGAUCACCAGAUGAUUUGCCUAGGCCAUUCUGGAAGUACCCCGUGCACUAUGUCGCAUUUCAUAGAUAUGCUUAUGAAGGGCUGUUCAAGAACGAGUUUGAAGGACUAAAAAUUCACAUCGGGCACAAGGGUAAAACUCAUUUGAUGAGUGGGGAAGAUAUUCUGAAAAAUACAUGGAAAAUGGAUAUGGAUUACUCAAAGUGGGUGGAUCUUGCCAUUUUACUUGGAAUGCUAGUUUCUUACAGGCUAUUGUUCUUGCUGCUCGUCAAAGCUGGUGAAAAGGUUAAGCCAGCUAUAAGAGCAGUCAUGUCUACCUCGCCUCAGCAAAUCAGUUCGGCUGAAACACCUUUGCAUGUAUUAGCUACGUAAAUUACACCAAUAUGGUAAACUACAUUCACUAUGUCACUGUAUACAAGUUAAAUCCUUUUCAUGCUAUUAUAGUCUAUUUCCUGUAGUUGCUUUCUUUGCACAUAGAGUGUAAGACUAAUUAGCUAAUUUCACCAUGUAAUCAUUAGGAAAAGAGUCUCUUAUUGCUGUUCUGUUAUCUCCCUGCUUCAACUAUCUAUCAUUAAAGGAUUAAAUAGGAAGUUCAGUUCUUCUUUA